AUCGACGCACCUCACCAUCCACUUCGUCCUACUCAUCACAACCCCCGAAGCCAUACCCCGCCUCCUCUGUCCCAAGACCUCUUUUAGACCUGUGCUUCCGUACGACACAGGCUUGACGCUGAGCGAACCCUCUUCUCGGAAUACCUUCUGCGCGGCAUCAGAGCAAAGCAGGCAGUGAAGCUUUAGCCUCGUUCCGCUCCAGCCUCCUUCAAGGUUUCUAUCCCUCUUUUAGCAUCUCCUACAUCCUCGCAAGAGGCCAAGAAUAGCCAGCAUGGGGUCGAAACAACAGCGUGUGAUGGUUCAGCCCAUCCAAGUCAUUUUCCGGUAUCUGCAACAAGGCACCCGCGUCUCCCUCUGGCUCUACGACAAUCUCGAGAUGCGCAUCGAGGGGAAAAUCGUAGGAUUCGACGAGUUCAUGAACGUGACAAUGACAGAGGCUAGGGAGAUUUACACGGACAAGGCCAAGGGUGGAAAGGCAGGGCAGAGUAGAGACUUGGGGAGGAUAUUGCUGAAGGGAGAUAAUAUCACAUUGAUCCAACCAGCUCUAUGAGCAGCGAAGCACACUUCCUUUCUCACUCUCACCUCCACCCACUCUCACACUGUCACUCUUCUGUUCUCGUCACUUGUACUUGCACUUUUACUUCUCACUACACCCAACAAAAUGAC